AUGAUCAUGGCUUCUACGAUAUCAUUUGGAACGAGCAACUCAGGUUUCCAGGUUGGUAGUAAUUUUGGCUCGAUAAAUAUUCAAACAUGGGAAGAACUGGAGAUCCCACCGAAACCUUUAUCCACAGUUCCCUUCGCCUCAGACACGGAUUUUAUCGAUCGUGGAAUGCUCCUGGAGGAAAUACACAGAAAAUCUUCUAUUCCAGGAUCUCGCACUGCUCUCGUUGGUCUAGGCGGCGUUGGCAAGUCUAAAGUGGCUAUCGAGUACUCUUACCGAAUCCGAGAAAAUUCGCCAGAGACAUGGGUUUUUUGGAUCCAUGCGAGCAACGCAACCCGUUUUGAGCAGAGUUUUCAGACUAUUGCCGAAACAGUCAAAAUCCCCGGCCGUCGGGAUCGCAAGGCCAAUAUAUUCAGAUUGGUCUCUCACUGGCUUCAGGAUAACAGAUGCGGAAAUUGGGUGUUAAUUAUGGAUAACGUCGAUGAUGACUUCCUCUGCAAACCGCCUCUGGCAAGCCGGGAAGGCGCGCCAGACGGUCUGAAUUGCGCCCCGGGGCAGCCACUCCUUUCCUUUCUUCCCCAGGUACCACAUGGCUCGAUCAUCUUGACUACACGGAGCAAGCAAGUGGCGUUAAGUAUCGUCGACAGCAGCAACCUUAUUCAAGUCGAGCCGAUGGGCCGUUCAAACGCAUUGGCACUGCUGCAGAAAAAGCUCGGAACACAAACAAAUCAACAGGAAGCUUUAUUGUUGAUAGAAGCAUUAGAUUUCAUGCCUCUUGCAAUUGUGCAGGCAACAACUUACAUUAGGUCUCGGGCACCUCGGUGCUCAGUGGCGCAGUACCUAAUACAGCUUCAAAAGAGCGACAAUAGAAAGAUACGCCUUCUAGGGUAUGAUGCAGACCCUCUUUACCGCGACUGGGAAGCAUCAAACUCUAUCUUAACCACCUGGCAAAUAUCCUUCAAUCACAUCCGGAAGAUCAGACCGUCGGCCGCGGAUCUUCUCUCAUUGAUGAGCUUUUUCGAUCGACAGGGGAUUGCAGAGAACCUCCUUCAAGAUUCACCUCAGAAAUUCGACCGCUUCAAACAUAUAAAUGACGAAAAUGAAGGGAGCGGAACAGAAUCUGAGGCAAAUAAUGAUUUUGAAGAUGAUAUUAAAACACUGACGGACUAUUCCUUCAUCUCCAUCAGUCAACAUGGAACUCUUUUCGAAAUGCAUCGACUAGUGCAACUAGCAACCCACAGGUGGCUGAAGAUUCAUGGUAAAAAAGAACAUUGGAAACAGCGUUUUACUAAAGUCCUGUCCGCCGAGUUUCCUACUGGGGAAUACGAACACUGGGUAUUGUGCCAAUCUCUGUUUCCACAUGUGAAAUUAGCAAUGUCGCAACGGCCAGAUUCAGAAGCAUCGCUACGGGAAUGGGCAGCAUUGCUUCAUAAUGGAGCAAUGUACGCGUGGAGGAAGGGGAACAUGGUAGACAUGAAAGAGAUGGCAACGAGAGCAAUGGAAACACGGGAACAUGUUUUGGGACCCGAGCAUGAGGACACUAUUGCUAGUAUCAGUGUUGUGGGCCUGGUAUAUCUGGAUCGGGGCCAAUUGCAAGAGGCUGAAACGCUCCAUUUUCAAGUACUGGAAACGUGCAAAAAGGUGCUUGGCGCAGAGCAUCCGCGCACGUUAACGUCAAUGGCCAACCUCGGAUCAACAUACGAGACCCAAGGCCGAUUUCAGGAGGCUGAAGCACUACAUUCGCAAGUGCUAGAAACCCGCAAGAAGCUACUCGGCACAGAACACCUUGACACCUUGACUAGUAUGAGUAGACUCGUGUCAACUUAUCAGGGCCAAGGUCGGUGGCAAGACGCCGAAAUAAUGAGCACCCAGCUGCUAAAGAUAAGCAGAAAGGUGGUUGGUGAGGAGCAUCCUGACACCCUGUCUAAUAUGGCCAAGAUUGCAAUGAUAUACCAGGAUCAAGGCCGAUUCCAAGAGGCCGAAACACUACAGUUAGAAGUCGUGGAAGCUCAGAAAAAGGUACUUGGAUUAGAGCAUCCACGGACACUUACCAGCAUAGGCAGUCUCGCCUCAACGUACGGGAAACAAGGGCGAUUGAAAGAGACUGAGAAACUUCAACUGCAAGUGCUAGAGAGCCGCAAAAGGCUCCUUGGCGCAGAGCAUCUUGAUACGCUUACUACUACGGCCAACAUCGCGACCACGUACUGGAGACAAGACCGAUUUCAAGAGGCCAAAGCGCUACAAACACAAGUGCUGAUGACCUGCAAAAGGACUCUUGGCCUCGAGCAUCCCGCCACACUAGCAAACAUGGCAAAUCUUGCAUCCACGUGCUGGAAACAAGGCCUCCUCAAGGAGGCCGAAAAACUCCAGUCGCAAGUGCUGGAGAUUUCGAAAAGCGUUUCUUGGCCCAGAGCAUCCUGA